AUGACUAUCAGAGCUUACUCCGUACCAUCUGAAUCUGAAAUCCUUCUUCGGAAGGGCAUUUUGGAGAACUCUGUGCUUUCCUCAAAUCUUCCUGCCAAUGCCGACCUUCUAGCAAGCUUUGUGAAAUUUUCCGGAAAUGCAAAGCCCAACUUACCAAUCAACUGGCGUUUUGCUGAAAGUAUCUCGUGUCUAAAAGGUCUUGAAGCUAUUUGGCUUAAUGCCCUUUUGGGGGCUAAGUAUAAGCAAAGUCCAGUGAACAUUGAAAUUGACACCGAUCAUGCCUCCCUCUUUAUCAUGUCAACAUUGCUCGUUGAUGUUGUCGAUGAAAAAGGCAAGCCUUUAGAGGCGAAUUUGUCUGUAAUCGAGCGAUUAAUGUCAAUCUUUCCAAACCCAGGAGUAGACCUUGGCCAGGGAUCUCUCCACCGCGCGGCCCUUACCAGUAUCUACAAGACGAAAGAUUCCCGCUUUUACCACGUCCAUGGAAGCAUGAAUGCUAAUCCAUCUUUGACUGCCUUGGACAUUCCACUGGAUCUUCAAGUUUCGUCAACGGCAGAGGCAACCCAGUUGAUCCAGAAUCAUGUUUUGCAACAUAAUUCUCAUGAGCUCGACAGUCUGAUGAAUGAGACUUAUCGCCAAGCUGGAACCAUCUGCCUGACCACUGAGGAAUACGUGGCCAGUGACCACGGAAAAGCGAAUGCCAAUGCUGGGCUCUAUGAAUUGACGCAUAUCGCCAACAAGACCCAAAAGCCCACGUGGUGGCAGGAAGCUUCAGAUACUGGUGUUAAGCGCCCGCUGGCGGGUUUGAAAGUCGUGGAUCUUACUCGCGUUAUUGCCGGACCUUCGAUAUCAAAGGGGCUCGCUGAAUGGGGAGCGAGUGUGAUGAGAGUCACUGGCCCGGGUGUCUUGGAAUUUUAUGCUCUCCAUGCGGACCUUAACUGGGGUAAGUGGAACUGCUCCAUUGACCUCAAGACCGAGAUUGGAAAGGAACAGCUACGUAGCCUGAUUCGAGAGGCAGAUGUUGUCCUGGAUGGUUACCGACCAGGUGUGAUGGAAAAGCUGGGCUUCGGUAGAGAGGCCGUGCUUGAACUUGUCAGGAAUCGACCAGUUGGUCUAAUCUAUGCUCGCGAGAACUGUUACGGCUGGCAAGGGCCUUGGAAAGAUCGAAGUGGCUGGCAGCAAAUCAGUGAUGCAGUCUGUGGAGUCUCAUACGAAUAUGGCCGAGCAACCGGACAUGAAGCGCCGGUCACUCCUAUCUUCCCAAACUCAGACUAUUGUACUGGGGUUGCAGGAGUUUGUGGCAUUAUGAACGCUCUGAUCGAAAGAGCAGAGAAGGGCGGAUCAUUCUACAUGGACACCUCUCUCAAUUACUAUUCCCAGUGGCUGGUCAACUCGGUUGGUGUUUACCCUGAUGCGGUGUGGGAAGAUGUUUGGGAAAGACAUGACCGUCUAUCCUUCCACCAUUACGAUAACAUGUCGGUCAUGAUCCCUGUGGUUAUGAAGACCUUAUUCAAAAAUAAUGCGGCCCAAUUGUUCCAGCCGCGUUUCUUUGAAGUUCGCUAUUCGGGUGCCGUCGACCGCCAUUUCAAAGCCCUUCGCCCGGUUCUUUCAUUCCCUGAUAAACAGGUCACUCCUUGCUUCAAUAUCGGCACAAGGACGAACGGACACGAUGCUGCACGGUGGCCAGAAGACCUUCGAACGGAGGUAAUUGUCUAG